UUCUUUUGUAACUUUGAUUCUUGGUAUUUAUUCCUGUGUAAAUAAACGUUUCAUCACAGUGAAUUCAAAUAAAGCAUGCACGUAUGCGCUUGUGUGCAUGAGUGACACCUAACCCAAAGGCUUAUGUGGAUGCAGCCAACAGUUACCACCACUUGUCAGAUCUUGCCGUGGUACAUUUCUGUUCCAGGAAUCUGCAGCUUUCACACAUAAACUGCGUUCUUCUGUGACUGUGCAACUGUAGUCCAUUGGUGACAUAAGAGUCCAAGAGCAUCCAGAGUUUUUAACUGUAAAAAAAAAAAAAAAUAUGUAUCAAGGUUUUCACCACCAACCAGCUACUGCUACAGUUUGCCCGUGCUUGUGUGUGCAUGUGUGUGCGUGUGUGUGUGUGUGUGUGUGCAUGUGCAUGUGCUGCUUGGAAUAGCCGAGCCAUGUGAUUCCUCCAGACUCUAUUUCAGAACGGCGGCCGUGGAACGCUCUCACUCUUCACAGCAGCUUGAAGGAUAGUUAACAAAUAAUCCCUGUAUCUGUCAUCGGUCUUUCAAACUUUACGCUCAGAUUAACAGGCGAAUCGUAUCUGUAGGUGCUUUCAAGGUGUAUGUGACCUCUCGCCCUCUCCCCUGUGACCUCUGAAUCCCGGUUGACUGGCUCCCCCUCCCCCCCCUUCCUCCCUCCCCUUCCUCGCCUGUGGCCAGACUGUGAUCCAUGGCGCUGGAGAAGCUUCUGGGUUUCGGGAAGCAGUUGCUCAGGGUGAAGGUGGUGAACUGUAACACAGAGGACUCUCGUCUGUCUCGAUGUCUCAACACUUUUGACCUGGUGGCCCUGGGCGUGGGAAGCACACUGGGCGCUGGCGUCUACGUGCUAGCCGGGGCUGUUGCACGAGAGAAUUCUGGUCCUGCCAUUGUGCUGUCUUUCCUGAUAGCAGCCUUAGCCUCAGUGUUGGCUGGUCUGUGCUAUGCUGAGUUUGGAGCCCGUGUUCCCAAGACAGGCUCAGCUUAUCUUUACUCCUAUGUGACUGUAGGGGAGCUCUGGGCCUUCAUCACCGGAUGGAACCUCAUCCUCUCCUAUAUCAUUGGCACCUCCAGUGUGGCCCGCGCGUGGAGCGCCACCUUCGACGAGUUGGUAGGGAAGCGCAUAGAGCAGUUCUGCAGGGAGUACAUGUCCAUGAAUGCACCGGGCGUGCUGGCAGAGUACCCUGACAUGUUUGCUGUUAUCAUCAUAAUCACCCUCACAGGUCUGCUGGCAUUUGGGGUCAAAGAGUCAGCGAUGGUGAACAAGGUUUUUACAUGUAUCAACAUCCUCGUCCUGUUGUUCAUGGUGGUCUCAGGGCUGGUCAAGGGUACUUUGAAGAACUGGCAGCUAGACCCUGAGGAGAUCCUACAUGCCAAUCAUACCAGUAACUCAAGCCUCAAUCUGACAGAGGUCCUGCCAACAAGAGAACGUUUGGGAGUGGGCGGCUUCAUGCCAUUUGGAUUUACAGGCGUCCUGUCAGGGGCUGCAACCUGUUUCUAUGCCUUUGUCGGAUUUGACUGCAUCGCCACCACAGGUGAAGAGGUGAAGAACCCCCAGAGAGCCAUCCCUAUCGGCAUCGUGUCCUCGCUGCUCAUCUGCUUCGUGGCGUACUUCGGUGUUUCUGCUGCCCUCACCCUCAUGAUGCCAUACUACCUGCUGGACAGCAACAGCCCUCUGCCUGUAGCCUUUAAAUACGUGGGCUGGGGGGGGGCCAAAUAUGCUGUAGCUGUAGGCUCUCUUUGUGCUCUGUCUACGAGCCUGCUGGGUGCUAUGUUCCCUAUGCCCCGCGUGAUCUGGGCUAUGGCCGACGAUGGGCUGCUUUUCAAGUUCAUGGCCGAGAUCAGCCCCCGCACCAAAACCCCGCUAAUUGCAACCCUCACCUCUGGCAUAGGGGCAGCCAUCAUGGCCUUUCUGUUCGACCUGAAGGACCUGGUGGACCUGAUGUCAAUAGGGACGCUGCUGGCCUACACCUUAGUAGCUGCCUGUGUCUUGGUGCUCAGGUACCAGCCAGAGCAGCCCAGUCUGGUGUAUCAGAUGGCCAGUACCCAGGAGGACGUGGAGCUGAGCGACGGCAUCAGUGUCCCCAGUAUGGGCAUCCUGCCCGGUGUGGAGGAGAGGUUCAGCCUCAAUACCCUGCUGUACCCAGACAACCCUGAGCCAUCCACAUUGUCAGGCUUCACCGUCAACAUCUGUGCCUCUGUCAUGGGAGCGUUGAUCCUGGCGUUCAGCAUACUGGCGGUGCAGGGGGGCUUUGCCGUGUGGAACAUCAUAGCCCUCAGCAUCAUCUUCAUGGUGUGUCUCCUCCUCACCUUCAUCAUCUGGAGGCAGCCCGAGAGCAAGACAAAACUCUCUUUCAAGGUCCCAAUGCUGCCCUUCAUCCCAGUGGUCAGCAUGUUUGUCAACGUCUACCUGAUGAUGCAAUUGGACAGAGGCACCUGGAUACGGUUUUCAGUCUGGAUGGCGAUAGGUUUCGUGAUCUACUUCUGCUACGGUAUUCAUCACAGCGCUGAGGCUGCCACGGCCCGCUCGUCUCCAGACACGGAGAUGAUCGGCUUCAAGCACAGCCGCGAGUCAGAGGACAUGCCACAAGAAAAGGAGGCCUUCCUUCACAAUGGAAUCAGUGCCAGGGAUGAGGAUGAUGGAGACUUGUAGGAAGCAUUAGAACAUGCUGCACACAUUUCAACCGGCCCUGACGCCAGUCUGUCUGUGUAAGAGUAUUUCUGACAGGACAACUCCCAGUCCCUCACUGGCCUUAUUCCUUGUAGGGGAAAGAAAUGAUAAAUAACUUUGACAUAAAAUACACAGACCUGUGACGUUCCCCUUCGACAACACAGACAACUGGUGAUGAUACUCAUGCAAAAACAGAACUUCUAUAGCCAUAAAUGACACGUUCUAUUAUUUGAGUAUUGUGAUAUAAGCUUGUUACCCCUUGUGUUUGGCCUUGAGGUUCAGCUGCUCGUUAUCGCUUGGCUGUCUGGAGGAGGGGGUGGGGGGUGGGGUGGGGGGCUCGUGUUGGAGACAUGAAACAUGGCAGUGUUUCAGGGAGGCUCACAGAUACCUCGAAACCAUAAUAUUUGUUUCUCUUCAUGUUGGGUCAUAGUUACUUCUUUGGAGUGUCUGGGUUACAUUACCCGCAAUAGGACUGUGUGCACAUGUGGUAACAGCUGUUGUCUGGGUGCCUGACAGUUCUACAGUGAUACAACUUUUGUGUUUUUUUUCUGUUAAAAAAUGAAAACUACUGUAUAUAUCUACAUAUGUCUGAAAAUCAGAAAACACACAUCAAUAUUAAACACAGACUGAUACCGAUAGCUACAUUCUCUUAAACUUGAUAAACUCUUAUGUAACUGAAGUUGAAAUGCUGCUCUAACAGUCCUCACUGACAAGUCGGAGCUUGCACAAUACACACCGCAGCACAUUUGGCUGGUCAGUGAUGUUAUUACACUUGUCCGCCAGCAGAAGAGGCCGGUCAGUCGAAUGGCUGCACAUAACAUUGGGCCAGCAGGAAGCUUUAACUUACACUUUCCAUGUGUCCAGCUUUAAGUCCAAAGGAUUGCGUUGAUAUCCACCUGAGGUCCCAGACUUUUACUUGCAAAAAGAAAAGACAGGCAUAUGUCUUAGCAAGAAGCAACCCUGACCAAUCAGACGUCAUGGAUCCGGCUGCAAAUUAUGAUGCAGGAAUUGCUGUAUGAGCAAAAUAUCCCGUCGGACAGUUCCUUACACUGAGAGACAGAGAUUCAAAGGAAGUGAUUCAGUCUAAAGCCUAACAGGAGCAUUUUAACUUGGCGAGCCUUGUGACUAGAUACCUGAUUUUACAUACUCUUCACGGUGAUAAAGACAGAUGUUAAAAUAUGUUCUCUUUUUGGGAUUUUUAAUACUCCGUAAAAAAAAAAAAAUGAAAUCUGAUUUGUGUAUCUUGACACAUGUUGAGCAUCAGGCGUAGGCAUUGGCAGUUGCUCAGUGCCAGUUAAUGUCAUGUAAGAUUAGAUAAUAGCGGAUUUUCACAGUGCUGGCUGCUGUGUCUUUUUGCAUCUGUAGCUUGUAACAUUUCGUUAAUCUUCUCAAAAAAUAAAACAGGCCAACUUUUUUUUUUUUGAUGUUCAAUUCGGAUUAAUGUGUUCAUUCUCAAUUUAUUUUACACCUUUUCUUAUGUUUAUGAAUGUAUUUCUAUUAGCUGCUUCAUAAAACAUGGUCAUUUCCAGUGUGUUUUUCAGAUUAUGAAUCUGAUUCAACUUAAUAUUUACAAUUAAGUAAAAGUCUAUGAAGAAUUGGAUCAGAUAAAUUUCACCACACUUGUACAUUUAUUUCCUUUUUUUUUUUUUGUUUGUUGUCAUUAAAGUAUCUCAUGCUUGUAGGUAUGUUUUUUCUUUUCGUAAACCUAAAAGAGUACUCCGCUUAUUUCUACACUACCCAAAAUGCAACUCAACCACGAACAGUUUGGUUGGAGAUUCAGGUGUGCAGCUAAUGUAGCCUGAAGCCGCCAGCCUCAUGCAACGAGGGCUGAGGAGUAGAGCCUCGGGGGUCUGGUAAGCUCACUUUUUUCAAAAUCCACAGCCCGCAGAUUUUUCUCUCUUUCAAACUUGUCGUCUUCAGACCCAACCAAUGCUGACUCAAGUGACAUCGCUUGAAGCAGUCAACUCCCCCCAGGGCCACAAAAUUCUUUAUACAACUUCAUGUGCAGUACUGCUCCCUAAGACCUGUAAACAGACUUUAAUGUCCAAACUCAGUGUAGUUUCCCUUUAACAUAAGGGAAAUUCAUCAUUUAAAUACAGACCUCUGCACUGAUUAACACUUAUCAUUAAUAUCAUAUCACCAAAAUUUUAGUUUUAACCCUUAAGUGCGUUCACUGUGGUUUUGGCAGUCCCUUACAACAGAGCAUAUGUGUAAUCAAUGUAAUCGUGUAUAUAAAAUGUUGUGUAUAUUUCUUGCAGUAAAUUAUUUGUAAAUUGGAGAAAGGGCUUUUUGUUAUUUUGAAAGCCUCAUGACUUUUGUGCAUACGUAGGAGCGUCUGUCUGUAGGUUCUUUGGCUUUGUUGCUUCUGUUUGUGCCAAAACAUUGUGUCAAUUAUGUCGUGUUUACACGGUCAGCGCAACUGAAACUGUAUAUCCUCGGGAUUGGCAAAAAUCACUGCCGUCACCUUCUUUUGUCCUGUGGCUGAUCUAACCAGUAAUGCCAUGUUAACAGAAGUUAUACAAUUAGAAAUAUGGGAUAUUGGCAUGACUGUGGCAGAAACAAGUGCUCUGGGGUCAUAGUGGGUUGCCUGCAAUGCAGCAUUUCACAGUACAAGUGUAAUAAUUAUGUGUGACAUGCAGUUACGACUUCAAGUAUUAGCCAUACAUGACAGACUCCUCCAGAGUUCUUGUCAUUUAUGGACUCAACACAGUAAUAUACCCUGUUGAAAUGUUACACUAAGCAGUACAGCACUACAAUAUCUACUUGUUUAGUCACUUUUUAAUGUCAAAAACAUGCAGUCAAAGCCCAUUUCCCAUACUUGUAUUUGUUUCAAAGAAAUCUAACUAUUCAACUUGUUACGACAUAACUGUCCUCAUUUAUUCUCAACUGAUUCAUGUCUUAGCUUAUAGUCUCCUUGGGAGUUGUGAAUAUCCACAGUUGUACUUGUUUUGUUUUUUUCUGCAUGACAUUUACAUUUGAUUUUCUGUUGAAUCAGUACAAAGGGAUUCAUGUGUAACUUCUGGGAAAAUCAGUGCUGGUUGUUCCUACAUGUCGUGCCAAACCUUCGUGUUUACUUCUGAGGUAAAUACGGUGUAUGCACACAUACUAUAUAAAUAGGUAAAAGAAGGAGCUUCUUUCCUUCUCCUUUGAUGCUGCUUUAAAGCUCUACAGACCUUAGCUUCCUCCUUUCAUAAUGGAUGUCACAUUAUAAAGGCUUUUGAUGUUUCAGAUCCACCUGUGUUGAUGACCGGCUGCCUCACGUUUAUGUCAUUUUGCUGUGAUUACAUCACUUUCUCAGACUUUUUCUUUUUGUUGCCCUUUUUUUUUUUGAUCGGUCAUGGUUGGUUUCCAGUGUGUUUGAAUUUGUGUACAUUUUGUUAAAAAAAAAAGCACAAAAACAACAUUUUGUUAUUUGUUAUUUGUCACUGUGGCUCAGUUUUCUCCUUACUCAACAUCGCCUCUCUCUGACGAGGAGCAUUAUCUCGCUCUUGCUGCAUCAGUUGACGCAACUUUUUUUUAAAAAACAAGACUUCAUAACUGUCAGAAAUGUGCCUUGUGGGGAGCGUGUAAGUUCAUCCAUGGCUUGCAAAAACCUGAGCUUUUUAUUAAGCUUUCAACUGCAUCUCACAGCCUUCUUCAGCAGAUGGAGCUUGCUCAGUUGUCAAUGUACCCAUAGUUACUGUUGGCUAGGUGAUAACAAAUGAACAAACUAUCUGCUCAGGAAGACCAGGAGAUGCACCUGAUAGCUGCAAAAAAAGUUAUUAAGUGGACCUUGAGUUAUGUUUAUUUGUUUGUUUGUUUGUUUGUUGUCAAGAUGCACCCUGGUGUUUUGUUUAUUUUUCAGAUGCACGCCUGUAGUUUAUUAAUAGGCCAGAGCAAAAUGGCUUCCAGUUCUCUGUUAAAAUGUUAAACAACAGUCUGACAUAUGAUUGUGUCUAACAAAGAGACAGAGGACAGCUGUUGUCUAUGUUAUAUACACAUGAAAUGUAUAUAUUUUGGCGCCAUCUGCUGGUGGCCUAGUGUCAGGACCCAGGGAUACUGUGAAUGAGAGGCUGACAGCAACUCAUGGAUUAUGUCAUGUUUAUACAAACAAGAACUUCCGUCCAAUCCCACUAAACUCAAAAACUAUAGUACCAGGUACCAACAUGUAGAUUUAAUAUUAGACAUUUACUGCUAUAUGUGAAGAUUUCCUAUGUCGUUUUUGCUUGUUUCCUUUUCUGUUUCCCUUUUUGUUAAAAGUUUGUAUGUUUAAUGCAUAACUCCUGUAAAUAAAACGAGCUUUUCCAAAAAAAAAAAAAAAAA